CCUCUCAUUAACAUGAACAGAAAUCCCAAGCAAAGAGAAAUGACUAGGAGCCAGUGAGGCAUGCACAUUGAACUGAUCCUGUCACACUUCCAGUUUUUUCCUCAGGUGCUGAGCAUUGUGGUAUGACAAAAUGGAUGUCGUUCUGCUAUCAGGUUAUUUGACCAGACACAUUUCUUCUACUAGGGCAAACAUUGCAAAUCUGAGUGUGAAUUGAAGAAGCAUGGCUAUUAAUCAGAUUGCCAUCACAGAUUAUAACUGAAAACAGAAAGACAGUGAGCUUGAUGCAAGACAUUACUGAGCAGAGAGCAGGUGGGUUCCCCUCCCAGAAGAAUCACAGGCGAAAAGGGAGUGGGUCUUCUGAUGAAAAUAUAGCUACAAGGAAAAUUAAGCUACAGACAUCUUUCCCUCCAAUUCACCUCAGUCUUAUCUCUAACUCAAAACCAUUGGAUAAAAAACUCAAGGAUUAUGCAUCAAAUUCUGAUCUUUCCAAAGAUGCUCGAGGGGAAAAAAUCAAUUUGCCUCAAGUGGAAAGAGCAUCAACCCCCAAACCAACUAAAGCAUUCCCAGACAAAUCCAAGUAUCCCAGAGAUUUUGGAUGCAACAUUAGUAAUUUGGCAAGCACACCUACAUUUUUAUUUGAGGGACCAAAAGACUCCAGACUGGAAAAGCAAACUUGGCUGGAGGUUUCUUCUCCCAAGACAACCUCCGACCGCUUGUCUCCUGAAAUACUCAAGACUGCAGAAUGUCAGUCAUGCAAGAACGAGAAGAGAAUGAAAAGCGAAUAUGACAAGAUCCUUUUACAAUCCAAGAGAGAAAAGGAGGCUUUACAGUCAAGGAUUAGUGAAUUAGAGGCCGAACUUAAAAAGAGAGGAGACGUCAAUCAGAAAACCGAGGAAAUCCACGGAGAGACUAGUGAAGACCGUCUCUUCCUGGAUUGUUUUAAAAAUAAAACUAAGAGUCACGACUUGGAAGAAUACAGAAAACUGGAAAAGAGUAAUAAACAUAAGAAGGAUCAAAUUGAUUGCUUGUUAGCAGAAAUUGAAGAGCUAAAUAGUCAGCUCAGUGCAAUACGACAUGGCGAAAGAGACCAGGAGCAAUUGUUUAAAAGCAAGCAAAGCAAAUUGUUCUCUGACAUGGAAGACUUGAAAUCACAGCUUGAGAAGGUGCAAGAGCGUGAAAAACUGAAGGUCUUUUGUUUGGAAAAAGAAAAGGCAGAGCUUCUAUCACAGCUGGAUAACGCGAAUGCUGAACUGUCGAAGUUGAAGCAGAAACCUCUGGUUGUAGUUGAGCUGGCCAAGGAAAAGGAAUGCGGUUUGCAAGAGACUGAGAAACUCAGGGCUUCUAAUGAGAAGAUGAAAGAGGAGAACAUGUCUUUGUCAGACACAAUUAGGACUCUGCAGCAGGACCUGGAGAAGAGCUCUUCCAGUUUUAGUUCCCAGAUGUACCCAGCUGGCGCGGAGGUUCUGCUCAUUUCUCAUCGAGCCUCUCAAGAAAAUGGUCAUGCAGCCGUAACAGAUUAUAAAUUCCAGGAGAUUUGCAGCUGUGGCCGAACACUUCAGAAUUUAAGUUUGUCAUCCCAUAAAAGUGCUAUGACACAGAUGGAGGAAGAUGUCUCAGUGAGAGAGAUCCAAAGGCAAAUGAAGCGAGAGAGGAACCUGCUGCUCGAUGUCAUGGUGAUUAUGUAUGAAAGAAGAUGGUUUGUGGAUGAAGCCAUCCCACAUGUCAGAAGAGCCCUUAGGAAAUGUGGAGCCCUGGCAUCGAAUCCAAAUUCGUAGACAACGUGUUAUUUAGCUAGAGAACUACACUAAUGUAUGAUGACAGAGUACAAUGGCCCCAUGCUACAUUUCUGACACCAAGUUCAGAGUCAAGAUAUACGGUAUACUUGUUAAGCAAAUGAAAUGGACAUUGUUUUGCGUUUUCCAGGAACUCUGACACUUAAGAUACAUUUAAUUUCAAUGCUGCAUUUUUGAACUGCUGUGAAAAUCAAUCUGAAGUUUCUUGUUCUUAAAUCAUGAUAUGCUCAACUGAA